UGACCAAUGAGCCCCGAUUCCCAGCGCCAAGUCAGCAAACCAGAUAAAAAGCAGCCUUCGAGAAAGGGAAACAACAAAGAGAGAACGAGAAGAACAAGGGACAGGAAUUGAACAUAGAAUAGAAUGGAUAGGGUGUUUUCAGUGGAGGAAAUUUCCGACCAAUUCUGGUCGGCCCCUCUCAGGCCGCCGCCUCCGCCGCCACACUCCCAGUCCCGGCCACCUUCUUCCGGAAGUGUAUCAUUGGACGAAUCUUCAAGAAUGAACCGAAGCGAGUCCGAGUGGGCCUUUCAACGUUUUCUCCAGCUCGAGGCCGCCUCCAACGCUGAGACCCAGACCGAAACCAAGACCGAGACAUCAUCUGCCGUCCAGCCGAACAAAGACGUUGUCGUCGAGAUCGGGGACGACGAGGGCAACACCAAGAAUGCUAAUAAUAUUAGUAAUCAAAAUAAUAUUAUUCGGAACAAGUCUCCCACCAGUACCGCUUCCACGUCGUCUUUCGGCGAGAGCUGCACAGCGCCCUUUAAUGCACCUCCUCCCAAUAUCCCCAUCGAUUCCGACGAGUACCAGGAUUUCCUUAAAAGCAAGCUAAAUCUUGCUUGUGCUGCUGUGGCUUUAACUCGGGGACCUCUAGUGAAACCCCAAGAUUCUGCUGCUUUAUCUGAUAAUGGAUUACAGGCUUCCAAUACUUCACAACUGGUAUCCCAAGCCCCUUCUAAAGGAGCUGGGUGUGAUUCAUCCUGGUCACGAGAAAAGGACUCUAAUGGAUCACUUGGAAUUCCCUCCUUACCUGUGCAAAAGAAAUCUGGGGUCCCAGCUAGGCCAACAACAAGUGGAUCAUCGAGAGAACAGUCAGAUGAUGAAGAAGUUGAAGGAGAAAAUGAACUAACUGAGAAUAUGGAUCCUACUGAUGCAAAACGUGUAAGGAGGAUGCUUUCCAAUAGAGAGUCGGCUAGACGCUCAAGAAGAAGAAAGCAGGCUCAUUUGACUGAGCUUGAGACACAGGUUGCUCAACUAAGAGUUGAAAAUUCUUCCCUUUUAAAGCGUCUUGCUGAGAUCACCCAGAAGUACAAUGAAGCAGCUGUUGACAAUAGAGUUUUAAAAGCAGAUGUCGAAACAUUGAGAGCAAAGGUUAAGAUGGCAGAGGAGACUGUCAAAAGAAUUACUGGACUGAACCCUUUGUUUCAUGCCAUGUCUGAUAUAUCCUCAAUGGGAAUGCCAUCAAUUAAUGGAAGCCCUUCUGACACAUCAACGGAUGCUGCUGUGCCUGUGCAAGAUAACUCAAAUCAUCACUUUUUUCAACCUGGUAUGAACAAUAAUAUGACCACUCAUGAUAUGGGAGUCAACAAUGGCUUGGCAGACGUUACUUCUGUUGAAAAUGUGCAGCGAAAUUCUUCAGUAGCUGCAGUAGUAGGAAGCAGGAUGGAAAGAACAGCUUCCAUGCAGCGAGUGGCUAGUUUGGAGCAUCUUGAGAAGCGGAUCCGUGGGGGCACAAGUCCUUGUGGAACCCAGUCCAAUGGGGAGUAGUAGCAAGUAGAACAACCCAGAUGUGAACCAUCUUCCUUGGGAUGAUUUUUAGAAUGGAGAAUGAUCUCACUGCAGUACUAUUUUUUGGUUUUGCUGUAUGUAAGAAAGCCUAUGUUGAAACGGGAAGAAAAACGCCGUUAAUUGAACCUCUUAUGUAUUUAGCUUUACUGAUCAUUGUGAUGAUAAAUUUGACACUAUUCUGUCAAAAUGGUUGUAGACAAACAAGAUGAACUCCUAACAACACUUGGGGAUGAAUAAGAUAUGUCAAAUUUCCGAUU